UCUAGUCACUGAGUUGCAAAACUCACCCCGUUUUUCUAAAAAUAUUAUUCAGGAACAAAUACUUGACUAUGUGAGACUUUCUAUUCAAGAGUAACGAUCUGCACUGAAUUCCUGUUCUUUGUCAAAUUCCUAGAUGUUAUAUGCUUCCUAUGUCACAGACAGGAUUCAACUAUUUUUAAUUAUUUUAAUUUUUUGUUAAAAAUGUAUAAUUAUUUAUUUUAGAACUUGUAAAAUAUUUGUAACAUUUUUUUUCAAUUUAUAUUUGAGUAUGUUAAGCUUGAUAUAGGAUUAUUCACCUGAACGCCAGCCAGUCAUGGCUCAUUUUGGGUCAUGACAAAAAGACUCUGUCUUCAUACUCCCUCUGCUUCCCUCUCUUUCUCUCAGCUUCUUCUACUCACGUCCCCACUCUUCUCCAUCAUUUCUUCGAUUCCACCAAGCUCAGUUCUAGUCUGAGAUACUUCUGUCAGCUAAAGGAAAACGGGUUAUAUAUUUGUCUUUCUUUUCUUUUAUGUAAAUCUUCCUGGAAUAAAAUGAUUUACAUGUAAAUAAUAAAACGCUUUGUCUUGCCAUAAUUUACGUAAAAGAAAAAGGCACAAAUAAGUAACAAAUAAGGUUUAAGACAAUAAGAUAAUAUUAGUUAGCAAUCAUUUUAAUUACCAAAAAUACUAUCUACAUGCAUAUUUGAAAGUCAUUAUUGCUCUGUCCCUUUCUAAUAAUACAGUAGAGUAAUUGAUAUUUGAUAUAGUCUUUUAAAUCUGUUGACAAAAAGAGAAAGAAUACAUGAAGUGAAAUUCUAUCAUAUAAAUCACUUAGAGCUAAUAAAAAUUAAAAAAGCUAAAUAAAAUUGAGUGAGUUAAGUUUUAAACUGACUCUAAUUAUAUCAUCAAGUGACCAGUGAGUGUGAUAAAUUGGAAACACAGCUAGUUUUUUUUAGUUUACAAAUUGGUAAUGCGUUACAGCUUGUUCUUGAAUUACUAAAUUAAUAUAACAACGAAGUUUGUCCAAUAAAAAAAAAAGAAGCCAUGUGAAGGCAGCAUUAAGUAUCGUGAUUCCUUUCUUAAGCAUGUGAUUAGCACACUCACCAAUACAUUAACCAAUUGUUUAUCUUUCACAACACCAUCCCAUCAUUUUGUCCCAACACCAUAAACCUCGUCAAAUCAACUUCACCAGUUCACCUACCACACAAAGCAAACACUUCCCUCAUCCGUUGACUUUCUUUCUUUGUUCUGAUCCCAUCUGAUCUGCUUCACUUGAGAUUCAACCAUGGCUGAAAAACUUUAUGGUGGAGCUUACCUCUCUCCCUUUGUUGAUGCUGUUUUGGACAACCUGACUUCAAUACUUGAAGAAGACGACUCUUUCCUCGAAAGGAACAACUUGCUUGGAAGGUUGCAGAAUUGUCUGUAUGAUGUUGGACCUGUUCUUGAUGAUGCUGAGCUGAAGCAGUUCACUGACAAGAGAGUCAAGAAGUGGCUUCUUGAUCUCCAAGAUGCUCUCUAUUUCGCUGAUGAUUUGCUCGACGAACUCUCCACUAAAGCCGCUAUUGCUGCUACUCAAAGGGAUCCAGGUAACUCUUCCUCCUGGUCUUGCCUUGUUGAUUCAUAUAUUGAAGAUACUGGUGACAUGGAAAAAAUAGUUGGCACACUAGAGUCUGUUGUAAGACGCAAAAAUUAUCUUCGUCUGAAGGAGAGUGCCAAGGUGGACAUGUCAUGGAGAAUUCCAUCAACAUGUCUUGUUGAACCAUCGGAGAUAUGUGGCAGGAAAGAAGACAAGGAGGCCCUACUGAAACUGUUGUUAGAUGAUGAUGCUGCUGCUGAUGGUGAUUUAUCUGUCAUUCCCAUUGUGGGCAUGGGCGGAAUAGGAAAGACUACUUUGGCCCAAUUGCUUUACCACGAUGACAAAGUGAAGGAGAGUUUUGAUUUUCGAGGUUGGGUUUGUGUGUCAGAAGAAUUUGAUGUUGUCAAGGUCACCAAGACUGUAAUCGAGGCAAUAACUUCAAGCUCUUGUAACUUGACAGAUUUGAAUUUACUUCAGCUUGAUCUAAAGGAAAAGUUGUCGAGGCUAAAGUUCUUCAUUGUCUUGGACGACGUAUGGAAUGAAAAUUAUAGUGAUUGGGAUAAGCUUCUAAAACCUUUUCAAAAAGGGGUUAAGGGAAGUAAAAUUCUCAUAACUACUAGAAACAAAAAUGUGGCUUCUUUAGUACAGACUGCUUCACCUCAUGAACUAAGAUCAUUGUCCGAUGAAGAUUGUUGGUUGGUGUUUACAAAGCAUGCACGUCUGUCAACUGUUUCUGUGGAGAAUCCAACCCUGGAAAAAAUCGGCAGAGAUAUCGUAAAGAAGUGUGAUGGAUUGCCCUUGGCAGCUCAAGCCCUUGGAGGCAUAUUGCGUGGAAAUACUGAUGUCAGAUAUUGGAAUCAUUUACUGAAGAGUGAAAUCUGGGAACUCUCCAAUGACAAAAUAAAUGUUGUUCCAGCGUUAAGGAUAAGUUAUUAUUUUCUUCCUUCAUAUUUGAAGCAGUGCUUUGUUUAUUGUUCCUUGUAUCCCAAGGACUAUGAAUUUAGCAAGGAUGAAUUGAUGCUGUUAUGGAUGGCAGAGGAUUUUUUGCAACCAGUAGAAAAAAAGACUAUGGAAGAAGUUGGUGGUGAAUAUUUUGAUGAAUUAAUUGCGAGAUCAUUUUUGCAACCUCAUAGUACCGAGGAAAAUAAAUUUGUGAUGCAUGAUCUUGUUCAUGAUUUAGCAAUGACAUGUGCUGGAGAAUUCUAUUUCAGAGCUGAAGAGCUUCUGAAUGCAGUUGAGAUUGAUAUUAAAGCUCGUCAUUUGUCACAUAACGCCAAAGGCAAUUAUCCAAUGUCAAAUCUUUUGAGAGUUUGUGAUAGAGUAAAACAUACAAGGACAUUUCUUGAAAUCAAUUUGAAGGAGUGGAUUCCAUUCAAUAUGGAAAAUGCACCUUGUAUCAUGUUGUCACAGUUGAAGUACCUGAGAGCUUUGUCGUUCAAAAAGUUUCCUCUUGAGUCAGUGCCUGAUUCAAUAGGUGAGUUGAUUCAUCUGCGUUAUUUGGAUCUCUCUUGGACGGACAUCGUGGCAUUGCCGGAGUCAUUGAGUAACCUGUACAACUUGCAGACCUUGAAGUUGCUUGGCUGUAGAAAGCUGAAAAUGCUACCUGUUGGCAUGAAAGACCUUGUAAAUUUGCGCCAUCUUGAUAUUAGAGUGACUCAGUUACGUGAGAUGCCGAAAGGCAUGAGCAAGUUGAAAAAUUUGCAGUUUUUAAGCGACUAUGUUGUUGGGAAGCGUGAAGAGAACAAGAUCACAGAACUGGGAGCACUUGCAAAUCUACAGCAAUCAAUUUCCAUUUGCGAAUUGGAGAAUGUGGUGAACGGCAGUGAAGCUUUGAUGGCAAGAAUGUCUGAUAAGGAUGGCAUUGAUUCUAUGAUGUUGGGUUGGUCGUUUGAUGAAGUAGACGAGGAUACAGUUGAUUCCAAAAUGGAAAGAGAUAUACUUGACAAGUUACGACCUCACACUAAUUUGAAACAGUUACAGAUCAAGGGUUACAGGGGUACAACAUUUCCAGAUUGGGUGGGACAUUCUUCCUACCACAACAUCACCAAAAUAUCACUGGAUGGUUGCAGGAGUUGCUGUAUGCUUCCUUCACUUGGACAGUUGCCCUCUUUGAAGCACCUGGAAAUUUCAGAUUUUGAAAGUCUAGAAAGUGUGGGUGCUGAGUUUUACUUUAACCAGAAUGGUGAAUCUUGUUUGGAGACACCACCAUUCCCAAUGCUUGAAAUUCUUAUGUUUGAGGCAAUGUGGCGCUGGAAGGAGUGGCGUUCAUUGGAGUUCAAUGCGUUUCCUCGACUUAGGGAGCUUACCAUAAGGAAGUGUCCGAUGUUGAGAGGAGAUUUGCCGAAUCAACUUCCAUCUUUGCAAUCACUUGAGAUUAGGAAUUGCAAGCAGCUGAGUUGUUGUGUUCCAAGUGGUCCUGCGAUUACCACUCUUUCAAUUUCAGGAAAGCAUCUAGUGGGGUCUGUGGUGGAGGCCAUUACCAACACGCAACUGACUUGCCUCACUUCUUUAUCCAUCUCAGAUUGUUCCUCCCACAUAUGCUUUCCAGUGAGUGCUAUUCCCCCAUCACUACAAAAGUUGACGAUCGAGAGUUGUGGAGAAUUAGAAUUCCAAAUGGAUGGGCAACAUCACUCGCUGCAGAAACUAUCAAUAGAGAACAGCUGUGAUUCACUUACAUCCUUCUCGUUAUUGGAUGCCUUUCCAAAUCUCGUGCGUGUUCGUAUCGCCGAUUGCGAAAAGAUGGAGUCUCUUGUGGUGUCACGCUCUCUUUCUUGUCUCCGUUAUUUAUAUAUCUGCUAUUGUGGGAGUUUGAAAUCUGUGUCAACGCUAUGGGUGGCAGCACGUCAACUAGAGCAUCUCACAUUACUGGGUUGCCCAGAGGUUGUUGAUUUGUCUCCUACAGGGGAUGGGGAUCCACACCAUAGCCUGAGAUCUCUUGAAAUCAGCUACAGCGAGAAACUGGUGAGCUCUGCAGCAUUCAUGAAUUCGCAAUUUCGUGGGCUUACUCAUCUUAUCAUUGAUGGUCAAUACGGCGAGAGUGUGAAGUCCCUGCCAAAAGAAGGUUGGCUGCCUGCCUCCAUUGAGUCUCUCACACUGUUUCGCAUUGAAAGUGUGGAGACGUUGGAAUGCAAGGGACUUGCCCACCUCACCUCCCUCCAACAUUUAGCCAUUACUGAAUGUCCCAAGUUGAAAAAUAUGGAGGGAGAAAAGCUGCCAGCCUCUCUAAUACAACUCAACAUCAUCUGGGGAAGCCCUUUGCUGGGCAAACGAUGUCAGAUGAAGGAUCCACAGCUUUGGCCCAAAAUCUCCCACAUCCCCGCCAUUCAAGUUGAUCACAAAUGGAUUUGAUUAUCCAUCCACCCAACAACCCAACUUCUUCCAUGAACAAUUUCAAUCAUUGCAAUACCCAGGGAUGAUUGCUGACAAAUAAGACAGUAACAAAAGCAACUGAGCAACAAGGGAGACCCAUAAUCAUGGACACAAUUGAGCAAACUGACCAUUGCAUUGGAAAAUUUAAUUCCUUAGCUCCUUCAUCUUCUUUUGGAACCUACCCUUUUGAAGAUUGAGACUUUUGGUUUGGUUUCUACUUUCUAGAAACCUCAUGGUGAUGCUCCGUUUUGGAAGAUUCAUGUUAGCACAUUCUUUUGCAGACAUAUAUUUACUUUUUGGAAUUUUUGAAAUUUUCUUUAGAUGUGUCAUGUCAGUUAUAUUGGUGACUUACCUUGGCGUUUAUGUAUUGGAGGAGUGUGAUUAAUUGUGUUGCACCAUUGAGCCUUUCUGAUCUAUGAUUUUUGCCCCCCUCCCCCUUCCUUUUUUCUCUGUUUUAUUGUGUAUUGGUGACAAAGAAUUGCCUCUAAUUAGUAACAUUGUUUUCUCA